AUGAGCGCAUACUCGGAUCGCAAGCAACCACGCGUACUGUGUCUCUUCGACGUGGACGGCACCCUCUCGCUCGCACGCCAGACCAUCACACCCGAAUUCAAGGCCCUCCUCGCCCAACUCCGCCAGCACUGUGUCAUUGGCGUCGUGGGUGGUAGCGACCUCAAAAAGGUGCGCGAACAGCUCCAGAUCAGCGCAGCCGACUUUGUCACCGAGUUCGACUACGUCUUUGCCGAAAACGGCCUCACCGGCUUCCGCGAUGGCCAGCCACUCGCAUCGCAGAGCUUCAUCGGUUGGCUCGGCGAGGAAAAGUACCAGAAGCUCGCCAAGUUCUGCCUCAAGUACAUCGCCAACCUCGACCUGCCCAUCAUGCGCGGCACCUUCAUCGAAUUCAGGAACGGCAUGAUCAACGUCUCGCCCAUCGGCAGGAACGCCAGCAUCGAGGAGCGAAUCGAGUUUGAAAAGUACGACAAGAUCCACAACAUCCGCAACACCUUUGUCGACGCCCUCAAGAACGAGUUUGGCGACUAUGGGCUUACGUUUUCGAUUGGCGGUCAGAUCUCGUUUGACGUCUUUCCGCACGGUUGGGACAAGACGUAUGCGCUGCGCAACGUGGCGAUCGACCAGGGAAGCGCAGAGGCAAGCACCACGGCAAAGCAGUUGGGAUGGGACGAGAUCCACUUUUUCGGCGACAAGACCUACAAGGGCGGCAACGACAACGAGAUCUUUGAGGACCCCAGGACCAUCGGUCAUACCGUCACGGAUCCGCAGGACACCAUGAAGCAGCUCCGACAGCUGUUUGGCUUGAAGUGA